AUGGGUUUCAAGAUCAUCGAGGAUCGUCCUACACCGAAGGAAGUUUACAACAUCCAAACGUAUUGGACAGGCAUACAGAUUGCUUGGGGUGCCUUGACCUUUGGUUAUGAUGGUGCUUUCAUUGGUACAACGCUCACGAGAGCCUCCUUCCAGCGCGAUUUUGGUCUGAUCAAAAUGUCCACAACCGACAAAAAUAAUGUCAGCUCGAAUAUUACCUCCAUCUUCUCCGCCGGCGCUUUCUUCGGGGCUAUGUUCGGAUGGCCCAUCAUGGAGCGGUAUGGCCGUCGUGUCUGCCUCCAAGCAUCCGUCUUUGUCUUUAUCAUCGGUGGCAUUCUUUGUACGGUCGCUACCGAUCAGCUCCGCAUGAUCUACGCUGGCCGUCUCUUCACUGGUCUUGGAUGUGGUGGAAUCACUGCCGCGACACCGACUUAUCUCGCGGAGAUAGCCCCCCCUCCCAUUCGCGGCCAAAUGACCGGUUUCUUCGAGAUUGCCUACCAGUGUGCGUCCGUUAUCGGCUUUUGGAUAAAUUACGGCAUUGGCCAAAACAUGGACUCGAACGAUAGCAAGGCGUGGCGCAUCCCCAUGGCGGUGCAGAUUAUCCCCGCAGGCAUGCUCGGUAUCAUGUCGCUCUUCUUUGUUGAAACCCCUCAGUUCUUGUUCAAGCGUGGGAGGGACGAGCAGGCGAUCAAGAACUUGACUUACCUCCGCGGCUUGCCUGUGGAACAUCAUUAUGUCCAGGAGGAUAUCGCUCUUAUCCAGCUCCAGAUCAACAACGAGCGCUCCAUUGCCAUCGGAAAGACAGAUAGCAUCUGGGGCUACCUCCGAGGCUCAUUCCACGAACUUAGCCUCCCGGGAAUGCGCAACCGCGUGUUCCUCGCGUUCAUGAUGUUCAUGUGGCAGAACUUUUCGGGAGCCGCCGCAAUAAACUACUACAGCCCGACUCUCUUCGGCGCUAUCGGUAUCACCAAAACCUCACUGUACACCGGUAUCUAUGGUCUUAUCAAAGCUGCCGGCUCGAUCAUCUUUUAUAUCUGGUUCAUCGAUCGAUGGGGGCGUCGCGAGCCGUGGAUCACAUCGUCUAUUCUCUGCAGCAUUUGCAUGGUAUACCUUGCCGUGUACGUGAAAGUCGGUCAUCCCGCGGGUGAGACCAACCUCUCUCCAUCGACAGCUGCAGGAGGCAAGGCUGGAACUGCUAUGAUAAUGCUCUAUUCGUUCUUCUGGUCUUUUGGUGCGAACGGUCUUCCGUGGAUCGUCGCUGCGGAAAUCUAUCCCCUGAACGUACGUGGCGUCUGCGCCGCUUACUACGCUAUGCUCCAAUGGCUUUUUGGCUAUGUCAUCACCAAGGCCCUCCCCAGCAUGUUCACGAGCAUGGGGUGGGGUGUAUUCCUCUUUUUCGGGUGUAUGCUCUUUGGUUCUGCGGUGUGGUCCAUCUUUUUCCUUCCCGAAACAAAGGGUCUUUCGAUGCCAGAGAUGGAUGUGCUGUUCGGCUUCGUCGGAAAGGAUUCCGACUAUAAACGUCGUAUCGAUGAGAUCAACGCUGGCAACAUUGGCAAGACGGAGGUUGCUGGUUCCGAUAAUCCCGUGUUAGGGCCUGAGAAGCUGAGCGAGGAAGUGUAA